ACCUUCAUUACAGACCAGUCCAGAUUGGAGGAGGACACAGAGGCGAGCCGUGAGAGCGAACAGAUGUGAACUGGACUACGAAAAGACAGCAAGCUGUAGUGAAGACGGAGAACCUCUGAUUCCGCUAACAUGUGGCAACCCGCGUCGGAGCGACUGCAGCACUUUCAGACAAUGCUGAAGACCAAGCUAAAUGUGCUGACGCUGAGGAAGGAGCCAUUGCCCACGGUGAUCUUUCACGAGCCCGAGGCCAUUGAGCUCUGCUCCACCACACCGCUCGCAAAGAGCCGAACCCAUGCUGGAUACAAGGUGACCUACCUGGGGAAGGUGACUAUCUCCGGGAGCCAGUUCCUGUCUGGCUGCACAGAGUCAGCUGUGGUCGGUCUGGUGGAUCGUCGAGCCUUGGCUCAGCAGCAGGGGAUCUGCCCCGGGGGCAGCUCUCUGCUGGAGAUCCGGCCCUUCCAGGUGCGUCUUCAUCACCUGGAUGAGCACGGCGAGGCCUCAGUAACCAUGGACACCUACCAGGUGGCACGGAUUGCCUACUGCACAGCCGACCACAGCGUCAGACCCAAUGUCUUUGCUUGGAUCUACCGGGAGAUCAAUGACGACCUGUCCUUCCAGAUGGACUGCCACGCUGUGGAGUGUGAAAGCAAGCUGGAGGCCAAGAAGCUGGCACACUCAAUGAUGGAGGCUUUCCGCAAGACUUUCCACAGCAUGCGCAGUGACGGCCGCAUUCACAAGAGUGGUUCAUCAGACGACUUUGCUGAGGACUCGUCCACCCCUGAAGAUUCUACCCCCGACGACGGUUGAACUGACGGACACCUAAACUCCUGAUCCCCAUCCUUACAAAGUGAGGGGUUACUGGAAGGAUGGACAGUUUACCUGCUCUCUCAUUCUCCUCUACUAUCUAUUUUCUGUUUUAAUUUGGAACAAAAUCAACUGACCCUGUGAACCAACACGCCCAGGAUAAUGAAGUAGCUUUUAAAUAAAGGGAAGGUAGAUGAACGACUGACAUUUACAUACAGGGAUAGCAAAGUGCUGCCAUAAAUGGCCCUUGAAGACCUGUAAGGGCACCUCUGUGAACGCCCUCAUGAGAUUGACUAGACAUUUCCAUUCCCCGCCACUGUCACUCCUGCACCAAGCAAAGACACAGUUUGUGGUUCUUAAGCUUUUUUGUCUAGGGAACAACAAAAUAUAGUUGCUGUUCUUCAGAUCCCAGCUCAUGAAAACCUAUUGCUACUCUUGCCAUGUAGGGACCCAACAGAAAUAAGCCUGUGACUUAUUUGGGUCCCAACUCAGAGUUUAUGAGACUGUUGGAGCACAUAAAUUUGUUAAAUGUUUAAUUUUGUGGAUCUCUGUUACAAUGCCUUUGACCUUGGUAAUAGCAAGUGAGGAUGUGAAAGAAAAGCUAAGACUUUAAGCACUACUCAUAUCAUCACUUUGGUCCUUAGAUCCAAGUUGAACCCCAAAACGAUUUGCCUGUACGGCUUUGCUCAUGUGUGAGAUGGAGCCAGAAGUGUUGCCUCUGUCUCUGCUGAAUAGAUACUUAAAGAUUAUGAACAUAGAGUAUGUAUAAAGCACCUGGGCAAAUAAAGGUGCUAUAUAUGUUACAUUUAAAAGUUCUCAAAUGGCUGAAAGUCUGGGCCUGUCUGCACACCUCAAUCAUUCACAUCUGACUUCUGUUCUUAGUAUACCAAAUUUCAGGCUGUUUUUGCCUGUCAGAUUAUGUGCCUCACUUUCCUCUCACAUUACUUUGGUCUUUUACCCAGGUCUUAGUGUGUAUGUGUGGCCAUGUGUGUGUGCGUCAACCUGUUUAUGUGUGUGUUAAUGUAAUUGCGUAUUUCUGCACUAUGUGUAUAUGAAUGUACACGUGAGUGCUCGCAUCUCUGUUUAUGAAAGAGAAAAAAGUGAGAAUGGAGGAGUGCAUUUAGCUGGAGGUGAAGACUUCUCAUUGCCCCAGAAGCAUCCAUUUUUGAUGCUUAAGGCAGCCUUUUAAAAUCAGACAUGGUACUGUGACCAUUCGCCAGAUUCUAAGUUUUCUUACUCUCAUCUUAUUAAAAAGGCUGCGUGAGUUUGAGAAGCUGAAUGUGUCAGUUUACAGAGACUGAGGUUGAUCUUAAAUCAUAGCCGUCCAGGACAACGACCGACUCCUCGUCUCUGCUGAAUGUAUGAUGAGUCCGACUUCACACUUCACACCAUCCCCAGUCACUUCAGUCCACUGUAAUCUCCUCAUGCCAUCUCCGUGGCAGUGCUUUGUUCUGUUGCUGCCCACAGACAGCUGUAAGCAACUCUGUCCCGGAGGCCGUCCCAGUAAGUUGAUGAACAGUUUCACUCCACUCUGCAGCCCUGCAUUGCCUCUCUGAGCAACUAAGGGACCAAUGUGAGUGAAAAAUCCCCCAUCAGAGCUCCACGCCACUUUCCCCUUUUCUAGCUGGGCUGUAUUGAACAGACUGGACUAUUUCAGCAGGAACAGUCUUUGAUCAUUGUGACUCAGAAGCAGACAGCUCUGAUGAGCACACACACUCAGAUAUACACACCUACAUACAGUAUGAUUAUACAUAUGUACACACACAUUGUAUUUGAACCUCGCUCAAUAAGCUUAUGUAAAUUCCAAUGUAUCACUUUCCAAAUAUUACAGCAUAAAUGUUAAUAGUUAUUUUAAAUAAUAAAAAAAAUGUUGCAAACCAUCAUACAAUACAGAAACAGUGUUAUAAAGCCUACUGUGAAUAAUAAGUGGAGAGCCUGACAGUGGUGAGUGUGUGUGUAUGUGUGUGUAUUUGGAAAGGAUUGUAUGUGCUGGAAAGUGUGGUGAGGGGUGUGUAUGGACAGGCCAGAGGGGGAGAAUGUUUAUAAAGCUGUAGAUUACUGUGUCAUGUCUGUCUGAAAGCUCAGACACGCUUUAAAUGUUUGAAAAUGUUACCUUAAGUGUUUUCUAUACAGUGUUUGCAAAGAUCAAGAAACAAUUGCAUAUAAAGUAUUUACCAAGACCAA